AUGGACUUCGUGUUCGCAACCCCGAGUGAUGUGACACUCAUUGUCAUUGAAGAGCCGAGCGAGAACGAAGAAUACCAAACCAAGACGGCCUUAUUUCACGUUGAUCGCUCAAAAUUGAUUGAAAGCAGUGCAUACUUUCAAAGCAUGUUCGCAUCUCAGUGGGAAAGAGCCGAAAAUCACAAGCCCACUCUCAGAGGCGACACAAUCAAAGGCAUGGAAGUGAUGUUAGGGUCGAUUCAUGGAGUCGACAUCGAGCCAGAUUCUGUCUCGGUCGCAGAUGUCUGGUACACAAUCAAGGCCUGCAACAAGUACCUGCUGGAUCCCAAGAAGCUGAUGGGCUGGUUCGUACGAUGGAUCAAAUGGAUUGACAAGAACAAACCCGCAAGAUGGGAAAAUUGGGAUUUCAACCGCCAGCUGCUAUUUCCCUGCCAUUUCUUUGAUCAUGCAAAAGCAUUCCAGCAUAUUUCAAAGAGACUCGUCUACAUCACCCCGGGUCAUAUCACAGAAAUGGCCCCGACAGACUCGCCAUCAUUCGAGCCGAUGCAUAUGCCCGCUAUCGUCAUGCAGCAACUAAACGCAGCUAGAGGGCGGCUCCGAACAAUUCUCCAAAGAUCGCUUUUUGAAGAUGUAAAUGUGGCUAUCGAUCAUGCUCGUUGUGCCUGUGCAGCGCGAAACAUCUUUUUCUACAUGAGAGAACUACAUAGAAUCGGGGUCAGGCCGCUGGAUAGUGACAUUCACAAGAACUCGGUCCGUGAUAUUCUCGAUCGACUAGAGAGCUUCGAUGACGACCAGAUGGCAAACAGCGAUCCAUUAUCAAUGCAGAGGUGCGAGGCAUGCUCCCACUCCUGGAAACGGACAGUGGAGCAUGCACGAAGACAGGUGGAGAGCUACUUUGAUGGUCUAUGCUUGGAUUGCAUGCAGAAUCAUCCAGACGAGAAUUCUGAGUACUGGAAUCUCGGCACGACAAGAUACGUGUAUGACAAAACCUGCCGCAUCAGCCACGGCGAGCCGACCUGGUACUUCAGCUUCAUGGGCCGCCGUGACAGAAAUCCAUACCGCAUGCGACCCUGA